GCUGAUGUUUAUUUACAAAUAUUGAAAGAUUGUUUAUAAAAAUUGUAAAAUUACAACAAUCUUUGGAAAAUUUAAGAAAAUGGUAGAAAAGGCUGCACAGGAUUAUAGUAAAAUUUUACAAAGUGUUAGUUUAGAUAAGGAGAUUAAUCCCAUAUGUAUGAGUAUAGAAGAUAUGUUGACAAGACUUGAUGAGUUGGAAUCUUUAUUGGUCAAUGUUAAGGGCGAAAAUAAUGUUAUAAUGGAUCAAUAUACCAACAGUAUUUUAGCAUUUACGCCACAAUUUGAAGUUCUUAAACAGCGCAUCGAUCAAUUGGAACAUUUUGUCGAAGUGGUUAAUAACAAUGUGGAUGAGGUAGAGAAAUCAAUAGAUAUAGCGGAAGCUGAACUAAAUGUUACCGACUACAGUUUAAAGGGCUUACUGUUCAAGCCGCUGUUGGCUAAAGCUAAAUCUGUUUCAGAGUCAAAUGCCCAGUCGCCGGUAGAAGAUCCUGUAAUAGCUACGAAUCUUAAAGAUGGUCAAUUUCAAGCAGUGCCAAUUUUUAAUACUUCAGAUUAUUUUAAUAGCGAUAUCUCCUCAUAAAUAUAGGUUUGUCAUGUUUUUUUUUUUUUUCAACAUUAACAACAAAGUGCCUAAAAUAUGCUUUUAAAUAAUUUGAAAUUCAAGUAAUGAAAUAGUUUUUAAGAUAAAAAUUAAAUAAGUUUAUUAAUUUUGUACGACAUAGAACAAACAUUAACGGAAUAUUAUUUUUUAUGGAUGUUAAUUUCAAUAAUAAUUUUACUUCCUUAAUUU